AUGGAGAAGUACAUGACGAGGAUUAAAUCAUCCCAAUAUCAAACAGAUAUUGCUAAACAUUUACAUAAAACUGAGAAGGAGAAUGAGAGAAGAGAAAACUUCAAAGUUUCAUUGGAAAGUUUAUGGAAGUCAGUGGAUUCGGAGAGGUCAGUGAAAAAGACAAAUUUUACCAUCCCGGCUAAUUUUGAAAGAGAUAACAACCAGUCGACUAAUAGAGUUUCUCAAGAAGUUGAAGCAGGUUUCCGAGAUUACGUAACUCAAAUACAAUAUGUGCGGACCUCAAAUGAUCUCACACAUCGAACGACCUUGUCAUAUCGGCAUUAUACAGACAAUUUAAACCAGGUAGAUAUGUCAAAAUUGGAACAAAACGAAAAUAAUUUGGCAAGCAGCAUCACCGCUAAAAUUGAUUUUAAAGAGUAUUCGGAUCAUAAACAAGAAGUUAAAAGGACAACAAAUAACCUAUUACCUGAUAUAGGGGACAGACGAAAGUCAUUAAGAAGAAAAACCAACUUUUGCUACCCAAAAGAUUUCCGACUACCGAGUUUAGGGUCCCAAGAUCCAUCCUCUGCCAACAACCAACAUCACGAAUCUUUCACCAGACGUAUCGAUAUCACCAUCAAAUCGCAACCGAUUUUAAAAGACAAAAGACGCUUGUCUGUGGGCACCAAACGUCCAGAGGAAAUGAAGGAUGUCAAGGCAAAACCAAUGACUAAAACUGUGAAACAGGCAUCAAAUAAAACUCAAGUUACAUCAUCCGUUACGACUGACAGUGAAGAUACUCAUCAAGUUCCAGUUAUAAAGGUUUCAGUGACAAUAGGAGCUAACAAGGGCCCUGGUGACCCAAAGAACACAUUUUCAGACAAAAAUGAUACUAUUUCGACACCAUCAGAAGCUACCGCUGUAUCACCUAAAUUGUAUGAACCAUUUGGAUCAGAUGGUCAAUGUAUUGAAUUUGUACGAGGUAGACGUGGUCUCUCCACGCCUCCCAGACCUCAAGUAAGUUUGAUCAAGAUCAUAGAAGACAGGAAACCAACGGGUGAGCUUGUCCCUACUGUGAUUCCUAUUUCAACGAAAGAACUAAAGAAAAGCAGUGCAACUAGUGAAACAGCAGAGGUCAAAUUUCUAAAUGAUAAACACGAACAUAAAGUGACUUGUGAAUCAAAGUCAGUCAAAUUAAGUGAUACGCAAUUACACACCAAUGUACACUCCAUCGGAGAAGGUUUUGACUCAAGUAAGUGUGAUAUGACCGUUAAUCAGAGAUCAAUUCAAAAUCACGAACAUGAGGACGAAGACCAGAAUAGUCCAAAAGAACUCAGUAAGAUAACACAAACCGAAAGGUUGUCAAACCCUUCAAUUUCGUUACAAAGCUAUGAUGGUUCUUUUGGAGUAAGCAAGAACACGACCGUAAUCGAUGGCGAAACUUCAGAUAUCGAACCAGUUGAUGGUCCGACAGAUGAUGAACACCUCGUGGCUGGAAUCUUGGAAACAACGGCCAUUAAGAUUCACAAGAGUUCAUUAUUAGGUAUACCGAAGUUACAAUAUGAUCGUUCAUCGGAUUCUGGACUAUCUAAAUCUCCAUUUUCAUCUGAAGGUGUUUUGACUCCAUCUAUGAACUCUGAGAUUUUGACAGCGUACCAGCGAGAACGACUGGCGUGUAUUUGGAGAAACCGGUCAAACAUGGGGGACAUUAACCACUCCUCAGGGUACAUACCGCAUAGUGAUAAGACAUUGAAAGAGACAAAAUCACCCGCUAGAACACCCAGAAUCUCUAAACAAUCACCAAGACUAACAGAUUGUGCAGUUCAACAGUUUCCUUUGAGAGAAAACCUGAUCACGGCUAUUUCACAAGAUCACGAGUACGCUUCUUACAAGCGGCAUCUAGGUCAAGUGAUUAGGAGGGACGAACACUCUAAUCCAGUUUAUGGACUAAAUCCAUUGUAUCCAGGUGCGUCUUUUGAUGAAUAUGAGCGAUCUGAUGGUGGUAACGACAACCUGAGAGACGACUUUAGGAAACUGGAAGUUGUAGCAUGUGUUAAUGUUGGUUCUGUAAAUCUGAAGAAAGUUGAUGAAAAGUCCAAGCCGAUUAUCAGCCUGCCAAAAGUCCGUUGGAAAAAAGAUGCUUCCCGUAUUAAAGAAAAAGACGAAAAGGAAAGAAUGAAAUUACCCUCAAUUACCAAUCGAGUUAAACAACAUAAACAUGGUGUCAAGGACUGUGACUGCCCAGAUUGUUCACAGAAGAAAGCAAGAAGUAAAAAGAGGAAUAAAUUACCUAAGAUAAAAGGUGCUGAUGGAGAAUCUGAUACGGAGGAUUAUUCGUAUGAAAGUAAUAAAUUGCAAUGGUUAUCAGAGCAACAACAAGAAAAGUUAUACGUAUUCCCUGGUUAUAUACCACCAAGACUCAUUUUGAUGUCUUCCAAAUUGCAUAAAAUACACGGUGUAGAGAACAUGAUAAGAGAAGAUACAAAAGGCAUUAUACCUAUUGAAUAUGAUUUUGCUAAAUGGACAUUUACAGACUUAAUCGAUGCUGUACAUAAAGCAUUGAAUGACUACCACUUUGGAAGCAGAGCGAGAUCUAUAUUAUUUCUGUGUCAGGGUGGACCAGGUUACGCUUAUAUUCUGAGAAAUUUUGUAGCUACACCACAGAAAUUACGACGAAAGGAUUUCAAACCGUUAGUACAUUUCUUCAGAAAGCUGGGAUGUUAUUUAAGUAAGUUAGACCAUGAGGAUACUGCUAUACAUUUUCUUGGAUUUGAUAUGGAGGAUAAUAAACAAGGAAAAGACCUGAUAAAGACAAUCAAACAGAGUUUAUUACCCAACCAAGCAAUGGUUGAAGCACCUAAUGAAAAUACAGCUGAAGAGAGAGCUAUAGCUAUCUUGUAUUUUAAUCCUAAAGAAUAUUAUGCGUGGAAAACUGGUGAUGAGAUAGAAGAGACGCCGAGAUCGUGGUCAUCUUUAGCAGGUAGAAUAGACUGA